AUGGAUUCUCUUAAAAAGCAAACUAAGUACGUUGUGGUAAGUGGCGGAGUCAUAAGCGGAAUUGGGAAAGGAGUUAUCGCAAGUAGUGUUGGCUUUUUAUUAAAGCAAUGUGGUUUAAAAGUUACUGCAGUUAAAAUUGAUCCAUAUUUAAAUAUUGAUGCCGGCACAUUCUCCCCUUACGAACAUGGGGAGGUGUUUGUACUAGAUGAUGGGGGAGAAGUUGACUUAGAUUUGGGUAACUACGAAAGAUUUUUAGGAAUUACAUUACAGAAACAUAAUAAUAUUACUACUGGAAAAGUUUACCAGAACGUCAUAAAUAAAGAAAGGAGAGGUGAUUACCUCGGGAGCACUGUUCAGGUUGUUCCCCACCUUACAAACGAGAUUCAAGAGUGGAUCGAGCGUGUAGCUCAAAUUAGUGUGGAUGAAAGUAAAAAACAACCAGAAGUUUGCAUCGUGGAACUGGGUGGAACGGUGGGUGAUAUAGAGAGUGCCCCCUUCGUUGAAGCGAUGCGGCAGUUCCAGUUUCGCGUAGGAGACCAUAACUUUUGUCUCGUGCAUGUAAGUCUUGUCCCACAAACGGGCACUUUGGAUGGUGAACAGAAGACAAAGCCGACCCAAGCGAGCGUUCGAGACUUGCGAGGCCUCGGCCUUUAUCCAGAUAUGAUAAUAUGCCGUAGUACUCUGCCCUUGCAGCCAGGCAUUAAGGAGAAGAUUUCUAUGUUUUGUCACGUGGAACCGAAAAAAAUACUAGCAGUUCACGAUUGCUCUUCCGUGUACGAAGUGCCGUUGCUUUUGGUUAAGCAGGAUCUCCCGGAACUCCUGUAUAAAAAGUUUCACUUGAAUAACGGAGUGGUACCCACGUCUGACGAAAGCAGUCAGUCUCUUAGUAUCUGGUCAGCGUUUUGCAGACGUUUAAAGACGUUAAGGGAUAGCGUUAGAAUCGCGAUUGUUGGUAAAUACACGGGGAUGCGUGAUGCCUACAUGUCGGUAAUCAAGGCCUUGGAGCACGCAUCGGUGGAAUGCUCCCGUAAGCUCGAGAUCAUCUGGAUUGAAGCAGAAUACCUUGAGAAGGAGAACCAAAAAAAAUAUCCAGCGCAGUACCAUACAUCAUGGGAGAAGCUUUGUUCCUCAGAAGGCGUCUUGGUUCCUGGCGGCUUCGGGGACAGGGGCAUCCUCGGCAUGGUCUCCGCAAUAGAAUGGGCUAGAAGUAAUAAGAUUCCCUUUCUUGGAAUAUGUUUGGGCUUGCAAGUAGCAGUCAUUGAACAUGCUCGUAACGUUUUAGGAUGGGAAGAUGCGAACUCCACUGAAUUUGACCCGGCAACCAGCCACCCAGUGGUGGAGUACAUGCCGGAGGUCUCCCGUACACACAAAGGCGGAACAAUGCGGUUGGGUUUGCGAACCACACACUUCCAGCGGGAUUGCUUGACGAAAAAGCUUUACGGACAGAAAGAAACGAUACAGGAACGCCACCGGCAUCGCUACGAAGUCAAUCCCCAAAUGGUCGAUCAUUUUGAAAGCGCCGGACUGCACUUCGUUGGCCGUGACGACUCUGGAAGCCGAAUGGAAAUUCUCGAACUGGACGAUCAUCCCUUCUUUGUUGCCGUGCAGUACCACCCAGAGUAUUUAACACGCCCGCUGAAACCGCAUCCCGUAUUUAGAGGAUUUAUUUCGGCGUGUAAUUGCGGCAAAUGAGACGGUGUUUGUUGAUGGAACGCAGUAACAAAAUAAAACCCGAAUAGCUCA